AUGAGGGUAUACUCUGAUCACUCGAGCAAUGAUCAUGAUCUGGGCCCACCUGACCAUGGUCUUGAUACGAAGCUCGGAAAACGGAAAUUUAAUGUAUACCCUUCACAUAUGGACUCUGACCGCAAGGACCUAUGGCGCCUAGGCAAAUCUAGUUUCAAGUUUGCGAGGCGUGAGCCACCGUUUUCUUCUAAGGUGCUCUCUGCCAGUAGCUCUCUGGCGUGGGAAGCAAGCCGCUCCCGCAUGUAUCCGCCAUACCCUAACACCAGGCAUAGUCCCUCAUCAUGGGACGACUACCGCGAGCAUUAUACCUACUCGCUCGAUCGUCCGUCAUAUGCCGUUAAAAACUCGCACACGGGUGCCUACUAUCCAAGUCACUGUGAAGGGCCAUGGAUCCCUAGGCCUUACGAGCGCGAUAUGAUGAAGUACUAUGGACGUGGCGAUAAGUAUAGUGCAGGACGAACAGAGGCUGGACCUCGGAUUGUUGACAAGCCUGUUUUAUCAUCUCAUGGAUUGGGCAAAAAUCAGCCUCCUCCUGAAAGAGUGCUAGACGGCCCGCAGUUGAAUUCGUCUCCUGAUCACGAGCAUUUGCCAUUGCCUGGUGCGUCAAAAAGCACUAAGCCAGUACGCUCUGGUGGCAGGUCCAAGUCGGGAAGCAAUGUGUGUCAAUCUUGCUUUGCUAUAUCCACGCCCGAAUGGCGGAAAGGGCCUACAGGACCUCGCACACUUUGCAAUGCUUGUGGUUUGUUGUUCGCAAAGAUGUGCCGCAAGCACGAGCAGGACACCAUGUCUUCCUUGCAAACAGAGCGAGAUGCUGCAGAACUUCGUCGACUUGCUGUGGAAGACUUGUCUCGACCGGAGAAGCAAAUGCAAGUUCUUGAGUUGUUGCGUGCCAACUCGCGAGCAGCUGCACUGGCUAAGCAGCAGAGAUCUACGUCUAUGACGAGCGGAUAG